AUGAAUAUAAGCAUUCUAGGCUCCUUCCUGCCUAGUCUAGCAGGAAAAAGAGUAGCUGUCCGAAUAUCUACUGGAUACGUAUACAAAGGGAUACUUGCAGGAUAUGACGAUAGAAUGAAUGUCCUUCUAAAGAAGUGUAUUUUAGACGCAGUCUGUAAUAAAGUCCUUAUUCGGUGCAGUAACAUAGUAAGUAUAUGCAGGGAUGAUUAG